AUGUCAUCCGCAGUGCACUGCUACUCGUAUCCAGCUCCGGCUCUCAAUCGCAACCCCGUCAUUGAAGCCUGGGUCCAGGAAGUGGUUGACGCCGAUUUUUCACCAUCUCGUCCGUACCAGCCUCAACCCUUCCUUGACGCCAUCACCCGGCCAUUUUUGCGCAAGCGGAGACGAAGUAUCGAGAACAAGGACGGAGACAACGUCUCAAACCCAAGGAACUUGUCGAUCAUAAAGAAGCGCCGGCUUUGUGACCGAACUCCCCUCGCACCCAUGGACGCCAAUACCGACGCGGGAGGAGCACCGCCUCAGACUCCUCGCGCCGUCGCCAACCCGAAAGCAACGAUGAAGGCAACGAAGCAGCCGCCCGAUAUCAUCAUGAGGGACAGUGGGGCUAUGGACGUCGAGUCCGAGGACGAGUUGGGCAACGCCGACUACACCCCUCACCUCUUUUCACCUCGCUCUACUCCACCUCGCUUGACCAGCGCGGCAUUCAAGAAACCUCUCGCAUCAACACCCAUCAUCAUCCUCCUCCUCUGUUUCCAUUACCAUCCAAGUCCGCGUCCGCGUCCGAAAAUCAAGGGCAUGGCCGAUUUACUUUUUGCCGAGAAGCGCGUUCAGAUCGUGCCCAAGCUUCCCGACCAUGACAUCCCUCAAGACGUUACUGAGCUAUGUGAGCGCCUCGUCGACAUCAGCGACGGCUGCGGCGUCGUCCCCGCGUCUAUUGCUACCGAAGUGCACAGCCGCGUCCGGCAAAUCAACCCAUCGCACAAGCUUAGGCCACACCAUCUAACAUCCCCCAACGACGAUGCAACGAAUUCGAGUCCACAAACUUUGGAAUCGCUCAUGGGCGAACUCUGGGUUCUUUCAAAGGUCGCCAGGGAGACCAUAGCCGCCAAUGUUUACACAUACUCGGAAGCGCACUGGAACGCACGUAUCCACGCCCCAUUGCUCGAGGCCGGUAUCGAGAUUGACGUGAACCAAGACGGGACAAUCCAGCAAGACGUCCGAUACAUCGACGCCACCAGAGCCGGCAUCUCUAGCCUCUACGUGCCGAGGCACACUGACGGCGAUAGUCUGGCUGGUAAAAUGGUCGACUACUGCAUAGUCCUCAACGACCCUCACGUUCAAGAAGCGGCACGUGCUGCUCUCCUCGCCGCUCAGGCCCAGGAGGCCCCUCUAUCGUCAGCAGCAUCAUCGAGCGCUUCUUCGGCAACCUCUAGAGGUAGCAGACGGGGCGCAGGCGGUGCCAAUGCCAGGUCGAUGGCAAGCGCAAGUGUUGCGGAAACGGCGGCAGCGGCGCGAUCCAUCAAUCACACCGGAUACCCUCCCCUCAGAUUGAGUCCCAUCGCCGUCAGCAUCGAGACUAAGCAGCCCGAAGGCUCCGACGAUGAGGCAAAGGCACAGCUAUCCGUCUGGGUCGCUUCCCAUUUCCUCCGCCUACACAAGCUGGCACGCAGUCCCGCGCCCAUCGGCCUCACGCUGCCUCUCCUGCACGUCUCUGGCCGCGUCUGGCACGUCUAUCUGGCCGUCGAAAGGGCUGAUGGUAUUGACCUUUUCGAGUGGGUGGCAGUCGAAGGCACCGAAACGCUCAUCGGCUGCUACAAAGUGCUAUCGUUGCUUCGCGCCCUGCGCUCGUGGGCUCUCAAGUCGUUCCGGCCGAGGUUCUUAAACCUCCUUGGCUCGUCCGUCGCACCCUGA